AUGGAUGUAAAAAAUGCUUUUCUCCAUGGGGAUCUUGAAGAAGAGGUCUAUAUGCAGCUUCCUCUAGGUCAUCCCCAAGAAGGUGAUCCUAGUUUGGCAAAUGGUUUCAGGAGAAGCAGUGCAGACUCAUCUAUGUUUGUUCGAAGUGGUAGUUCGGGGAGAUUAGUGGUGCUUGUCUAUGUUGAUGAUCUUAUCAUUACAGGAGAGAAUGAAGAAGAGAUCAACACUCUUAAGAAAUCCUUGCAUCAUAAAUUUUCCAUUAAUGAUUUGGGAGUGUUGAAGUACUUUCUUGGUAUUGAAAUGGCCACAUCUUCGAAGGGGCUAUUUCUCAACCAAAGAAAGUAUUUAAUGGAUCUUCUGGAAGAAGCUGAGAUGAUGGAUAGCAAGCCUUGUGCCACACUUCUUGAGAGCAAAUUGGAACUAAAACUGGAAGGUGACAAACUUAGUAAUAUGAGUGAGUAUCAAAGACUUGUUGGAAAAUUGAUUUACCUCACCAUUACAAGACCAGACAUUACUUUUGCAGUAAGUUUGGUAAGCCAAUUUAUGCAUGCACCCAUGGAAGCAUAUCUGUCGAUUGUCAAAAGAAUUCUUAGAUAUCUCAAGGGUUCCAUUGGAAGAGGAAUACUAAUGCAGAAUAAUCAACAUACAAAGAUAAUGGGGUACUCUGAUGCAGAUUGGGCUGGAAAUGCUUGUGAUCGGAAGUCUACCACUGGUUAUUGCACUUUUGUUGGUGGAAAUUUAGUGUCUUGGAAUAGCAAGAAAUAG